UCGUUUGAUCUAGAUACAAUCUCAAAAUAAGUAAAUUGAUAUAUAACUAAGCGCGAUACCUCUGUCUCUGUUUCUACACUAUAUACAUUCCCGCAACUACAAGCUACAAUAUUAAUAUACUCUUUUCUCCCUCUCCUUCUUCUUUUUCUCCUUUUCUUUCUCCUUCUUUUGCUGCUUCUGCCUCUGCUUCUGCUUCCACUCGUUCUUUUCUCUGACGUGUUCUCACUUUUCACCAUCUUUUUUUCAAUCACGAGACCCUUCUCGAUUAUCUAUCAUUUGCUUUAUCAAAUACAUAAUACAAUCCUCAACCUGCUCCAACAUACUUCCCAGACUUCCCAAAGUUGCCAUUAAUUUCACAAUCACCAUGAAAUCAAUCAAAAAAAAUAUAAUUAUAAUUGGCGAUCCCAAUUCCGGGAAAUCUUCUUUACUACACACCUACAUCCAUGGCCAAUUCUUAGAAAUAUUCAAACCUCUUUACUGCAAUAAUUACACCAAAUCCAUUAAUAUAGUAACCAAUAAUAUUAACAAUAAUAACAACAAUAAUAAUAAAAUUAAAAAUAAAUCAAAAUCAAAAUCAAUUCAACUAUCGUUAAUCGAUACUCAACCAUAUCAUGAAUAUGAUAAAGUCAGACUUUUGUCAUAUUCAAAUAUCGAUUUGAUACUACUUUGUUUCUCAAUUGACUCUAUCAUCUCUUUAAAUAAUGUCAUGUUAAAAUGGUUACCUGAAAUUAAUUUAUAUUUACCUAAUAUUCCCUUUUUUUUAGUUGCAUGUAAAAUCGAUUUAAGAUUAUAUAAUAAUAAUAAUAAUAAUAAUAAUAAUAAUAAUAAUAAUAAUAAUAACAAUAACAAUCCCAAUAUAACAAAUAAUAAUCUCAUAUCAAAGGAAUUUGGUGAAUUUUUCGCAAACGAAAUAGGCGCCCGAUCAUAUAUCGAGUGUUCUAGCAAAAAUAUGGAAAAUAUUGAUGAAUUGUUCGACCGCGUUGCCAGUUUUUCUUAUGAUAAUCAUAAAUCAAUUAAAAAACAUAACCAUACUAAAUGUUUUUUUUUUUAAUCAUAGCGCUGAUUAUAAAUUUUUAGUUUACUUUAUUUUAUUUAUUUUCUUUUUUGUUUGUUUCUUCUUUCUUUAUUUUUUUAUUAAUUGUUUUUCAUUAUCAUCAUUUUUCAUUAUCAUUAUUUUUUAUUAUCAUCAUUUUUCAUUUAUACUUUCUCCAAUUCAAUUCAUGAUUACAAAAUAAUAAACUUAGAUCUCACUGGUGGGAAUAGUUAAUUUAUUGCAAUUUUGAUAAUCUUCAUAAUUUCGGUCUAAUAUUUAUAUUUGAAAAUCAAAGUGAAGUAAAUCAAAUUACGUAUUACAGUUUGUAGGGUUUUUGAUUAUUAAGUUCAAUCUACCAAUGUUAAUAAUAGUAGCAUUAUUAUUUCUUUUUAAACUUUAGAAAAUUAUUUUUAGGAUACUUUUUCAGAGCGCUUUUUCAGGAUUCUUUUUCA